UAAUUACCGUGCACGAACCAUUGAUAUAUCUCAUUCUUAUACAAGAGAAAAACUUGUAAUGACUGUAGCUUUCGUUAGCAUCUAAACAGGCUAGCAGCUAACCCGUUAAUGAUGUUGGCAUUAGUUUACAAAUGGUGUUGGGUGGUUUCUUGUAGUUAGAUAGAUUGCAUGCUGCAGUUUGAGAAACACAGUUAUGAACAGAGGAAAGUCAAGAGUUAAGUGGGGAAAUUCGUUUGACUCCUGCACUCCACGCGAGGAGAUUAUAUGAAUAGGUCUUCAAGUAUGGCAAGAGAAACUAAGCUGGAAUAUAAAUUGUUUCAAGAUUUGUUUAGGGCAGGCAAACCGCCCACGGGGCUCCAUCUUGACGUGAUGAAGGGAGACAAACUCAUAGAGAAACUGAUCAUAGAUGAGAAGAAGUACUACCUGUUUGGGAGGAACCCCGACUGGUGUGAUUUCACCAUUGACCAUCAGUCAUGCUCGCGUGUUCAUGCUGCCUUAGUCUACCACAAACACCUAAAAAGGGUCUUCCUUAUAGACCUCAAUAGCACACAUGGUACUUUCCUUGGACACAUCCGCCUAGAGGCCCACAAGCCUCAACAAGUUCCCAUUGACUCAACAUUAUCUUUUGGGGCAUCAACACGGACCUACAUCAUCAGAGAAAAACCCCAAACCCAAGGCAGCGCUGGCACAGGAGAUAGUAAGACAGGGGAAGAUGAGGAGCUGAAAGGACUACUUGGACUUCCAGAGGAAGAGACAGAGCUGGAUAACCUAACAGAGUUCAACACUGCUCACAACAAGCGCAUUUCCCUCCUGACCAUCGAGGAAGGCAACCUGGAAAUCCAGAGACCUAAGAGGAAACGCAGGAAUUCCAGAGUUACCUUCAGUGAAGAGGACUCCAUCAUUAAUCCAGAGGAUAUAGACCCCUCAGUUGGGCGCUUUAGAAAUAUGGUGCAGACUGCCGUUAUCCCUAUCAAGAAACGGAGAUCAGAAGGUCAAAACACUCUGGGUCUUGAAGACUUGACUUCAAAGCGCAUGCACGGCUACAGCCUGGGUGGUGGUCUCUAUGGGGACUUGCCUCCCACCAGUCAUGAGAACCAACCAACAGGAGCUCCAGGUGGUGCUGCCAUGCAGGGAGGACUUCCUCUGCCCUUCCCUAAUCCAGCACCAGAGGUGGACCUGGCCCCAGAGGCUCCCCAGCCUCCUGUCACCCUUAAUCCAACACCUGUAACCGCUCCUUACCUACCAGAGACCCACAACGAGCCACGCAAAAAGAAGUAUGCCAAAGAAGCUUGGCCAGGCAAGAAACCCACCCUUUCACUACUCAUCUAACUCGCUUUGUAAAGCUGCUGACUCUCAGGUUACCAGCAGAUACAGCAGGGACUGUGACCUGGCAACGGUGGAGCAAAUCCUUUCAGAUUUUUUGUUGGUUUUUAUUUCAUUUUUUUUUUUUUAUAUUUGAUGUGUUACUCAUUGUACCUACAAAGAAAAAAAAAAUCACACAUUUUUCCUGUUGUCUGUCAUAAGAAGUAUAUUCUGCAUCAUCAAGUCAGCAGUUAAGUUGUCCAUUAACACCUGAAUCUUGUUGGGGGCAAAUAAAAUUGACAAGACUUUGCAGCAAGCAUUUGCGUUGCAUGUUGGUUGUUGGACAUCCUUGGCCAAGUGACAGGUUACAUGGAUAUAAUGGGUCACCAAGUUGUGUUUGAUGGCUUUGAUUAAUGUAUAAUUAUAUCCUUUUUUUAUACAAGUUAUAAUUUUUGUCACCCUUUCAGAAUGUUAGUGCUAUUAAAACAAAUGGCAAAAAGUACUUUUAUAUACAAUAUCUUACUGUGAGAAGUUGGGGCAGUCAAAGACUUGAUGUGAAUCUGAUUUUUUUCCAAACAAAAGGCUGCUUUUUAUUAGGAAAUUAUUAAUAUGUAAUUAAGGUUUUUAGCCCCCACCCCCCACCUUUUAAAAAUUUAGUUUUAUUCCAUGUCUAGGGCAAAUAUUCCUUCAACUGAGAUGUCUUGCAUUUUCCCUAUGAGCCACUAGAUGGUGAUUUACGCAAACAGGUCAUCCGUUGAUGUUUGGCUGCAGGCUUGCGGAAACCAGUGUGUGUGGCCUGUUACACCAACUUUAGCCACAAGCUUAAUGUGGCAUCUCAUGCAUGGGGGAAAUACAAGCUUCUAUUUAUUCAUUUAAAUUCUUGUGGAACUUAAAAACAAACGCCCUGUCCUAACAAAACACUUUCCAAGUGUUUGUUUUUGCUCUUUCCUGUAUACUGAGUUUGAAAUAGUUUGUUGCUCAUUGUCCCAGCACAAAUCUACUAUAAAUUCCAUCAUUCAACAGUUUGUUUGGAUUUUAUUUAGACCAUCGGCAAGUAGGAGCAAGAUAAGGGGAUGGACACAAGCAGUAUAACAAAUGUCAACUUUAAUGCAAAAUACAGUGUUAAAAAAAAACACUAGUUUUGCUUUAGACUGUUGUAAAAGUCAUAGCAUGUUAACAUCUUUCACAUGACGGAUUACAGUGCAGGUUAUACAGUGUAUAUUUAUUUUCCUUAACAAAC